AUAAGGAAGGACGGAAGGACUUUGCUCCGAAACCAUGGUCCAAGGUCUUGUGAUGUUUUAUGUCAGAACCAGACAGCCAUCGCCCUGAUCACCGGAGCUCCCUCUCAACUAGAAGCCCUUGAGCUCCAAACAGACAGCCAUGGAGUUGAAGAGCUGCCUGCGACGCACGCAAUCCCUGAAGAGCGUCACGGCUCGGUCUGACAACAGACCCAUCUGGGCGGAGGGGGCGCGCAGAGACCGGAUGGCGUCCGUGUCCCAGCUGGUUGCUAGGUACCAGAACUCAGUGGAGGUUAGCACGACCAUUGAAGUCACUCAAGUGAAUAAUCCCCAAACCAUACUAAAGCAAGUCCCCCAAGAGACAAAAACACCAAAAACACCAAAAACAACAGCUUCUGCUGAGGUGAGUUCACGGCAUGAAAGCAAGGCGGAGUCGCUGCCAAAGAAAGCUGGUGCCAGAGAAUGGUCCCUCCCUCACACCAAGACCAACCUGGCUCGCAGUAGGUCCAUGGGCAGCCUCAAAAAUUGUUUCGGCAGCGUCAGCGACCUGAAGAGUCUGUUUGAGUCAAAGAACGACAUGCAGCCAAAGAUCCUGCAUGAGCAGAGCAUGAGAGCGGAAGGCCCGACUCUGCCUAUCAGAGCCAAGACGACCGACGCCACACCAGCGGUGAACGGACACGCGGGAGAGAGACAGCCCGCACAGAAGAAGAAGGCUGCUCCAUCAGCUGAUUCUGAUGGACAUGCUAAUGUUGAUGCUAAGGCUAAUGAUGUCAAGGCUAAUGCUCACACAAAAGAACAGGAGUUGAUUAAGAAGCAACAAAGUAACAACAAAGAACGAGGAAAAUCGAUUGGUGGCAUUGACCUCGAAAGAGUUGGUUCAUCCCAUUACGGUAAAACCUAACUAUUGUUCCUACUCCGCCAUACAUUAAAGU